AUGUCCCGAGAGAACGAUAGCGGAAGCCCUACGGCCGAACGCCAGGAGGCGCCUGCUGGUGCCAGCGAGCACUUAAACAUUAAGGUCACAGAUAACAACAAUGAAGUCUUUUUCAAAAUUAAGCGCUCGACGAAACUGGAAAAGUUGAUGACCGCCUUCUGCGAGCGGCAGGGGAAGAGUGUUGAGGCGGUUAGGUUUCUCUUCGAAGGCCAGCGGGUUCAGAAGAGUGACACCCCCGACUCGCUUGAGAUGCAAGACGGCGACACGCUCGAGGUCCACCAGGAGCAGGUGGGAGGCGCCUGCUGA